UGUUGUCAUGGUUACGGUUACCUUCCUGUGUCCAAUCAGAGGUCGCGGCGGCCUUAGUUUAAAGAGGCGAUCCUAAUAGACAGCAACCGUUACUAACUGAUUUCUGUACUCAUGGCGCAGUUUGCAUUUGAAACUGACAUUAAUAGUAUCUUGAAAUUGGAUACACCUAUCACAAAUGCUCCUCUAGCAAGAUGGCAGCGGAAAGCAAAGGAGGGUAACUGCUCUUCAUUGAAUACUUCUGCAAAUACGAGUACAAUGUCCCCAAUGAAAACGUCAAAUCGAUCCCACAGUUCCAGCAAAACUCCCUCAAAAACUCCAGGAAAAUCUGGUCCAAAAAUGCAAGGUACUCCUUCCAGAGCUGGAGGUGAUCGUUUCAUUCCCAACCGCAGUGCAAUGCAGAUGGAUGUUGCUAGCUUUCUUCUGUGCAAAGAGAAUGAGCCAGCUGAUACUUCACCCACAAAAAAGGAGCAGCAAAAAGCCUGGGCAAUGAAUCUUAAUGGUUUUGAUAUGGAAGAGGCAAAAAUUUUGCGACUUGGUGGUAGACCUCAAAAUGCUCCUGAAGGAUAUCAGAAUAACUUGAAAGUGCUGUACAGCCAAAAAACCACCCCAGGUUCCAGUAAGAAAACGGGCAGAUAUAUACCUUCCAUGCCAGACAGGGUCCUGGAUGCUCCAGAUAUCCGGAACGAUUACUAUCUCAAUCUGAUUGACUGGAGCUCUCAGAACUUCCUUGCUGUUGCAUUAAAUGACUCUGUUUAUCUUUGGAAUUAUGCAACUGGAGAUAUAAUACUGCUGCUACAGAUGGAGCAUUCAGAAGAAUAUAUAUCCUCUGUAUCAUGGAUCAAGGAAGGCAAUUACCUGGCAGUGGGUACUAGUAAUUCAGAAGUGCAGUUAUGGGAUGUUCAGCAGCAGAAACGUCUCCGUAAUAUGACCAGCCAUUCAUCCCGUGUUGGAGCUUUGAGUUGGAACAACCAUAUCCUUUCCAGUGGUUCACGGACAGGACAUAUUCAUCACCAUGAUGUCAGAGUUGCUCAGCAUCAUGUAUCCACACUAACAGGUCAUACUCAGGAGGUGUGUGGCCUUAAAUGGUCUCCAGAUGGCCGCUAUCUUGCCAGUGGUGCAAAUGACAACUUGGUAAAUGUAUGGCCUUGUGUUCAAGGAGAUUCAGGGGAGUUUUCACCAGUACAAACAUUUACACAACAUCAAGGAGCUGUUAAGGCUGUGGCAUGGUGCCCAUGGCAAUCCAAUGUGCUAGCAACUGGUGGGGGAACAAGCGACCGGCACAUUAGAAUCUGGAAUGUUUGCUCUGGAACCUGCUUAAAUUCUGUUGAUACCCAUUCACAGGUGUGUUCCAUACUAUGGUCUACAAAUUACAAAGAAUUGAUAUCUGGCCAUGGAUUUGCUCAGAAUCAGCUUGUAUUGUGGAAAUAUCCAACUAUGACAAGAGUGACAGAACUUAAAGGUCACACUGCUCGGGUGCUUAAUCUAGCAAUAAGCCCAGAUGGCUGCACAGUGGCUUCUGCUGCCGCUGAUGAAACUCUGCGAUUGUGGAAGUGCUUUGAGGUGGAUCCUGUCACAAAGAAAGAAAAGGAAAAGGCCCGUAGCAGCAAGAGCAUCAUUCACCAAAGCAUCAGAUGAACAAACUUUGCUUUUUGUUUUUAAAUUUGUGCAUAAUGUAUAUUUUUUAUAUAUUCUGAAAUAAAGUCUUAAAGUUGUAUAAUUUACACUGUUUGAUACUGGAGAAGCACCUGUCUACCUGUUGUAUUGGCCUGUAACAGUUCUAACCCUAUUGCCACUUCUGCAAAUAAGUCUAGUUACUGCUUGUGCCCAGACCUGUGUAGUCUUUGACAUUACUGGAUGAAACUAAAGGUUUUCAAUUUGUAUUUGGUCUUCUUGACUGUCUUUUCAUUCAGUCAUAAUGUUUUUAAUCUUCAACAAGCAUACAAACAAUGCAAUGGAUAGGGAAACUGAAUGACUGACUGGUAAUUAACUUUAAGCAGCAGUUUGUGCAUGUGGCCAAUCAUUGGGCGUUAUGGAAUGCUGCUUGUCCACCCUCACUAAUGUAUAAGGCUGGUUCAACUGUUGUAAUAAAACUGUAAAUAUGCACUA